AGACAAUUACAUAUCAUCCUGAUCAGACAAAUAGGAAUUUAAACAAACGAGAUGGAAACAUCGGAGAGCUGUGAUAUCACUAGAGGGCAUGAACACUACCUUUGUCUUAUAUUAUUACUGGAACAAGCUUCACCCAUCACAUUGAAGGCCAUAAUUAAAAGGGAAGAGAAGAAAUGUGGAAAAAGUAUUGGUACUUUGCUAAAUGAGAAUAGAGAUGCGUUUAAAACCCAGUACGAAACAGAGUUUCUUCAAUUAAUUCAAGAGGAUGAUGUCAAUGACGACAUUGAUACGUGGGACACACUUCAAUUAUGUGCUGUGACAUUAGGUUUGUUUAAAUCUGAUCUAACUGAACCAGAAGUUAAAGCCGUUCAAUGUAUAUAUGAUCAGAGGAAAGAUAUUGAACAGUACACCGAAUGUGCCUCCCUAACAUUUAAUACUUACAACGAGAAACAGCAUUUAUUGCAUGAUCAAUUACUCGAAUUGAUAACGCUCAAAGACGACCAAGCCAAUCUCAAUUGUAAACGUAUGAUGUUUUCAUUUUAAUCAAAAUCAAUGAAACUAAGCGAAACACAGAUAGACAAACUAACACAGACAAAUGAUAUCAAAACUCAUCUUAAAAUUGCAAUUGAUGUAGAUAGCGUAACAGAGAAUGAUAUCAUUGGCGAAGAGAACCACCAAAAGCUCCAGACCAAUGGCCAAGUGUUCACUGAAGAACUUCAGAACAAAAUUGUCUACAUCAAUGAUUCAGCUAUUUUGACAUGUAAACUCAACCUUCCAACAGAUGAAAAUGUUGAGUGGAGGAAAAAUUACAAGCCGCUUGAAAAUUCAAACAAUUGUAUGGUCAUGAGCAAGAAUGGCAAUCAUUGGUUAGCGAUUUCCCGUGCAUCAUUGGAAGAUACGGGUCAAUAUACGUGUAUUUGUGGCCAUAUUUCAACUACAGCUGAUCUUACUGUUAUAGAUGAAGCAUUAAGUGUGGUCGUUGAUUUGCCAGCCAAUAUUGAGGUAACUGAGAAUGGAAACAUUGAUAUAGAGUGUAAGGUGAACCUACUUACGAGUAAACCUGUUUGGCGAUACAAAGGGGAAAUUCUACAAUCAUCUGGUAGAAAGGUUAUACAAGCAAAUGGUACUACCCACAAAUUGAUGAUCAUGAAUGUAACACUACACGACGAGGGUGAAUAUACAGUUGACUUUGGGAAUGUCUCAUCUAAAACAACAGUUCAAAUACAAGUGGAAACAGAUCUUAUCCACAGAAAACAGAUAACACAAGAAUUGUACAGAAAUUGGAUUAGAGGGGCUCUAGCGUUAAAAUAUUUAAAAAUAGGUUUAGAGGGUUUUUCCGACAAGGCUGUUCACAAACAACAUAAUGAUCUAAUGGAAAAUCUUGGAAACUCCUGUAACACUUGUACAGAGGCAAGUCUUCUCCCACAUAAACCAGAUCAAUGCCCACAACAAAGAAAACAUCAAUGUUUAUGUACCAAAGAUCAGAAACAGAAGUCAAGACGAAUGUGUCCAAACGGUGGAUUUUGUGGCAACGUUUAUAAUCAAAUAGUUUAUAAACAUCGCUUUCAAGAUCCAUUAUUCACAAAUACAGAUAUCCAAAAAUGGAGCAGUGAUGCAUGGAGUGUUGGUACAUGCUUUGUUAAUACUCCUGGCUACAAAGGCAAGCAAUCAGCUAAAGAGCUCGACUGCUCCGGUUUACUUAGUAUGUGUAUAAACAACACUGAUAUAGAAAAAAUGCUUGGAGGAGUUACCAUCGAUGGGACAAUAGAUGCGUUUGCAAAGGCAAGGGGAGCAAGGAAUGAUAUUCUUCACAAUCCAAACUAUGAACUAUCUGAAAAUCAACUAAACAUGUUUAUCAGAAUGUUCAAAGAAGUACUAGAAAUCAAGGACAAACAUGGUAAUACACCUUUGAAAGGGGAGCCAGGCGUAGAAGAAGCACUGCGUUUACUAGAUAUGGUGCAACAAAAUCAGAUUGAGAUUAACCUUGAACAUGAGAUGAGAGAGCUGAGAGAGCAUGGGAUGUCUAGAUUAGAAGAGAAAUACCAAACAUCAAAACAACAGGCAAAUUUUAUAGCUUAUGCAUUUGAGUAUUGUUAUAACAUGCUUUAACGACCGAUAAAGUGAGGCAACAUUGAUUUUCAACUCUCAUAAAAUGGAUGAUAAAUUCAAAAGGUCUUUGAAAAAUACUGUGAUUCUAAAGCUGUUUCCCUUUAUUGUAUACGAAUCAUUACUGAGAAAAAGAUGUUAACACUUGUCUUUCUGUUAGCCAUCAUGUACACUUGAUAAUAUAGCCUCAUUUAGAUUUCUUAAACUUAAAGAAUACACUGAGGCAAAUAUUACAUUCGAGAGCAAUUGUAAAGAAUAUAAUUUUAAAUGGCAUGAAAUUGUUAUUACGUUAAUAUACUUCGUGGUCAUCAACAGUUCUUACCUUCUGAAUUCUACUUCAGGUAAUCAAAGGUAAUAUUUGGACGGUGGUAUCCAGUGUUCCGUCAAUAUUAUAAUCGGUCUAAGAGAAUUAGGAAUUAAAUGAAAAUGACCAAAAUAAAUAUCAUUAAAAUGAAGUUUCUUCUUCGUCAUGUUUAUGUACGAUAAGCGCAUGAUUCGAAUAAUAUAUAUUAUGUAACACUUUAAACUUUUCUUUCGUCAGCAUGAAUUGAAACUUCAACUGAUAGAGCAACAGAUAAAAGAUAAAGAAAAUGAGCUUAAGCUUAUGCUAAAUCUUAGAUCUGCGGGAAAACAAAAGAGUCCAAAAGGUACAUGAUGAAAAACUACUUAAAACCCUGUGAAUCAAUAAAGUUUUGUUAACAUUGAAAAGCAGACAAAAGGAAAAAAAAUAAGAACAUUAUUGUUAUUUUAUACAUUUACUUGUUUGAGGACUUAAAUAAGAAUGUUACUAAAGUAAGUUGACUGUUGAACUAGCUGUUUGAAAAACAUGUACUUAUAUAUAUAAUUCAUAUUUAAAAUACUAAUUCUCUAACUUUCCGUGUUGUUCUUUUAUAAAAACUGCGCACGUAGGUAUAUAUAAACGUGUUUUACCAGUAUGCACUUUGUUUUUAAUAUGCAUUUCUCAGGGCGCCAUGUUUAACGGAUAUAAAAGGGAAAGCAUGGCGAAACCUGUGUUACAUUUAAAUGAAAAAGUAACGGAACGAAAUGUAACUUAUUUGAGAAAAGCGCUUAUACACAUGCAAUUUGAGUGUGCAUUAAUAUCUGCAUAUUUUGAUGCACGUUAAACCGUGCAUUGAUUCUCUACAUGUAUUAUGUUUUUUUGUUU